UGCAGAAGAAUCAGUAAUGAUGAAGUGCUUGUAUCUUUUGUCUGCUGUGUUUCACGUCGCUGCAGGCUGUGCUCUCUCUGGUGAUAAUCCGACAGAAAUCACAGGACACAAAGGUGGUUCAGUGCUGUUCCCCUGCUCCUGCUCUGACCUGCACACCAAACCUCAGAAAUUCACCUGGGAGACCUUCAGAACAGGACGUCUGACAGAAGUGUUAAAUGAUGAACACUACCGUGGCAGACUUCAGCUGUUUAAUAACAUUUCUCCUGCUAAUCUGUCUCUGCUCAUAUCUGACCUGAGAGAAGAGGAUGAGGGAUCCUACUGGUGCAGGACUGAGAAGGAACACAGAGAGGUCUGGCUUUAUGUUAAAGGCUGUGAGCUGGUGAAGAAGAAAGGGGUAGAGGGUGUGACUGUGUUCACGGGAGAGUCUGUAGUUCUGCCCUGCGUCUGCACUGACCUACAGGACAAACCAAAGUCUCUAAAAUGGGAGUUUUCAAUACCAGCAAUUGGAAUCGAUCACUUUCAGGAAAUUUACCCUGAACAGACUGGACGUCACGGAAACAGAGUCAAACUGGUCAGUAACAACGCUCCAGGAAACCUCUCUCUACUCAUAUCAGACCUGACUGAAGAGGACCAGGGACUCUACAGAUGUUCUGUACAGGCUGAUAGAAGAGUUUUUAGAUUAUCUGUUAAAGUAGGAAGAAGAGAAACUUCAACACACUCGAGGAAAACAGACACAACACCUCCAUCAGAACCGCCUCAGAGUAAAACAACAAUCUCUCCACCUGCAUCAUCCUCAACAACACUGGAACAAGAUAAACAGCAAACACACAGCAGCCUCCCUCUAGGUGCCAAAACUUUUCAUCAGCAAUGA